AGGCAACGACAAAACCGCGUUAGAAGUAAAUAGAGACCACCCCGAAAAAUCGCGGUCCGUGUGUGUGUGUUUGUGUGUGUGUGUGUCGUUUACAUAAUAAAUCUCGGUCGCCCCAAGGUCUCACUCAGGUCCGUGUGGCGCGUCCGAAAUGGAGCACCAGGGAGACAGCAGCAGCAGUCGCGCCAACGCGCAGCACUCCAAGAAGGCACGCCGCACGAUGGGACACACGGUGCAGGUGGCUGUCGCCACCCUCAACCAGUGGGCGAUGGACUUUGAGGGCAACGUCGAGCGCAUCCUGCUAUCGAUCAGGCUGGCCGCCGCGAAUGGCGCCACCUACCGUACGGGGCCGGAACUGGAGGUUAGCGGGUACAGCUGCGAGGACCACUUCCACGAGCCGGACACGUACCUGCACUGCUGGGAGGCGCUGGUCGAGAUCAUACAGUCGCCCUGCUGCCCGCCCGGCAUGCUGAUCGACGUGGGCAUGCCGGUGCAGCACCGGAACGUUGCGUACAACUGUCGCGUCGCGUUCCACAACGGGCGCGUCGUGCUGAUCCGGCCGAAGAUGACGAUGUGCGACGAUGGCAACUAUCGCGAGACGCGCUGGUUCUCGCCGUGGACGAAGGAGCGCCAGACGGAGGAGUACCAGCUGCCGCGGUUCGCCGCGCAGGCGCUGGGACAGGAGACGGUACCGAUCGGCGAUGCGGUGAUCGCGACGCUCGACACCUGCCUCGGGUACGAGAUCUGCGAGGAGCUGUGGAACCCGCGCAGCAAGCACAUCGACAUGUCGCUCGCCGGCGUCGAGAUCAUCGUGAACGGCUCGGGCAGCUACAUGCAGCUGCGGAAGGCGCACAUCACGGCGGAUCUGAUACGGAACGCGAGCUACAAGGCGGGCGGCGCCUACCUGUUCAGCAACAUGCGCGGCUGCGACGGGCAGCGGGUGUACUUUAACGGCUGCUCGGCGAUCGCGCUGAACGGGUCGAUCAUUGCCCGCGGCCGGCAGUUCGCGCUGAGCGAGGUGGAGGUGACGGUGGGCUCGUUCGAUCUGCACGACAUCCGGGCGUACCGCGGGGCGCUGCGCUCCCGCAGCUCGGUCGCCGCCUCGGCCCCGGCCUACCCGCGCAUCCAGCUGCCGCUCGAGCUGGCCGCCUCGGACCGGGACCAUCCGGGGACGCCGGCGAGCAGCCCGCUCGGCGAGUGGGUGUACCACCGGCCGGAGGAGGAGAUUGCGCUCGGGCCGGCCUGCUGGCUGUGGGACUAUCUGCGCCGGUCCGGGCAGGGCGGCUUCUUUCUGCCGCUCAGCGGCGGCGUCGACUCGAGCAGCACCGCCAUCAUCGUGCACUCGAUGUGCCGGCUGGUGGUGGAAGCGAUCGGGCAGGGCGACCGGCAGGUGCGGGACGACUGCCGCAAGAUACUGGCCGAUCCGGAGUACGUGCCGGCGAGCGCGGCCGAGCUGUGCGGCCGGCUGCUCUUCACCUGCUACAUGGGCACGGAGAACUCGAGCCGCGAGACGCGCCAGCGGGCGGCCGCGCUGGCGGCGCAGAUCGGCAGCUCCCACCAGGACAUUGGCAUCGACGGGGCGGUCAGCGCGCUGCUCGGCAUCUUCCAGCUGGCGACGGGCAUGCGGCCCCGCUUCCGGGCGGCCGGCGGCUGCCCCCGCCAGAACCUGGCCCUGCAGAACAUCCAGGCCCGGACGCGCAUGGUGCUGGCGUACCUGUUCGCGCAGCUGAUGCUGUGGGUGAGACAGCGGCCGGGCGGUCUGCUCGUGCUCGGGUCGGCCAACGUGGACGAGGCGCUGCGGGGGUACAUGACCAAGUACGAUUGCUCGUCGGCGGACGUCAACCCGAUCGGCGGCAUCUCCAAGAUGGAUCUGCGCCGCUUCCUCGCCUACGCGCAGGUCGAGUACGGGCUGCCGAUCGUGGCGGAGAUAGUGGCGGCCCCGCCGACCGCCGAGCUGGAGCCGCUGGUCGACGGUGCGAUCGCCCAGACGGACGAGGAGGACAUGGGGCUGACCUACCAGGAGCUGAGCGAGUUCGGCCGGCUGCGCAAGCAAGCGUUCUGCGGCCCGUUCAGCAUGUUCUGCAAGCUGGCGGCGGCGGCCGUUGCCGACGGCAACCGCAACCCGCGGGAGGUGGCCGACCGGGUGAAGCACUUCUUCCGCUGCUACGCGAUCAACCGGCACAAGAUGACGGUGCUGACGCCGUCGUACCACGCGGAGUCGUACAGCCCGGACGACAACCGGUUCGAUCACCGGCCGUUCCUGUACCGGGCGAACUGGACCUGGCAGUUCCGGGCGAUCGAUGCCGAGCUGGAGCUGCUCGCCAAGCACCAGGCCCGGCUGGAGGAGGAGCGGGCGAAGGACGGCGCGGCGGCGGGCGGAGCAGUGGCGCCCAACGGGGCAGGCAGCAGCAGCAGCAGCGAGCCAGCGUUCUUCUCCGCCGGUGGCAAUGGGGGGAACAAUGGUGGCGGUGGCCACAUGACCACGGCGACGAGCGCGUACCAGCUCGUGCGGCAAUCCAGUGGCCUCUAUCUGGCCGGUGUUGGUGGUGGUGGUGGUGGCGGUGGGGUCGGCACGGGCGGUGCCGACGGUCCCGGCCAGCUCACCGUCGGUCUGACCAAGUCGCACAGCAGCGGCGGCUACAGCCGGAUGCAUUCCAGCGUGCUGGGCAAGAUCAAGGACCGUACCGGUGUGCCUGUGUAAAAAGGGAAGGGAGGCGAGAAGGAGGAGGAAAUGCUGCUACACCCACGCCAAAUCACAUCCAACCGACAGAACAAACGCCGCCCCCUUCCAUCUCUUACCAAGGGUGCCUCUCCAGUGUAACAAUAAUGACGACGAGCGCGGGUGUGCGAUGGGGCGAGGGGCGCUAUUUUCUUCUGCAUUAGAUGCUAACGCGUGUAGUUCCUAUUGGUGGAUUGAGGUAAAAGAACAUAAUACAUUUAAAAAACAUACACACACACGGUGUGGUCAAAGUAGAGAAGCGCGCGCACACCUUCUUAGCUGUAGUGUGGAGUUGUCUCGUCCGGGUUGCCUUCAAGUCCGGUGCUAGUGAGAUAGAGAAAAAGCGAGAGAAAGUAAGAAAAAGAGAGAGAGAGAGAGAGAGAGAGAGAGAGAGAGAGAGAGAGAGAGAGAGAGAGAGAGAUCUCACGGGGACACUAAGAGAGAACGAGUGAAAACGAGUGAGAUAGGAGAACGCACACAUAUCCUUAAGGAGGUUCUGUGGAAAGCAGGAAAGGAAGAAGUAACACACACACACACACACACACACACACACACACACACACACACACACACACACACACACACACACAGAUGAAGUCCAUCCGGAGCGCUCUACUACCAAGCAAACCAGUUUUCCAGAGCACUGGCGUAGUUUGCGCUUUUCGAGACGGAAAGAUUCUUAUCGAACAGUAACCCAAUACACACACACAUGCAGAAAAGGAAAGCAUAAUAACGGCAUUAGUUUGGUGUGCGGUAGAGCAUUAGCCACCACUUCCAGCCGCUCUGAAAAGGGAACGGACGUGUUCGUCACAGUAGCUCGUCGCCACAUUCGCGUUGUUUCGUCGUAACCUCACCGCGCCUAGCUUUUACGCAGUAGGUGCCAAAGCAGCAAUUUGCCUGGCAGAUAGUACACAGCUAGCUUACUUUUAAAUAACGCGUGCUCAACACUAAACCAAAACAAACAUUCACCUUACGCAUUAGCGCUAGAUCGGCACCUCCUGUGCGCCUGUUCGUAGGCAAUCCGCGCUGUGUGCGCUUGCCGCACGGCAGGCGUUUGCAAGCACCGGCCCGAAGCAAACACGGAGCGCGGAGUGCGCGUUGCAUACGCUGCAGGCGCUCCCAGCAAAGCGGGACCUAGUGGCACGUGUUGCUGUUGUUUUUAUCUUUUUUUUUUUUUGUUUAUAAUUUUUAUAUAGAGACGAUAGGUUAGGAACGCACGCACGGGAAUUGUCGGGAGCUGUUUAUUCGAAAACCGGCGCUGUGGUGUAGUAGCUCAGGUAGUGGUACCGUGCAACCGCGAACCAAGCGUUCCGAGACAGAGAGGGAAAGCACGACAAAAAAAUAAAAAAAUAAAAUAAAAAUAAAACCUCAUACUCCUCAAGUACGGCAAGUUA